CCUGGAAGGGGUUAAGCGCCGUUCCGUCCCCUCGGCUCGGCGCUUCUCCCCGGUGCCUGUGCACAUACAAAGACACAAUCUAACGUUUCGAUUGCUCGCAUGUGACCAGCGGACGCGCAGGCAUGUAUCGGGAGCUCGCGUUUGAAUUUUCGCAUUUCUUGCCCCCCUCCGGCAGUAACUCCCGGCGCCCUGACAGCGGAAAGAAUGUCGGAGAGGGCCGCGGAUGACGUCAGAGGGGAGCCGCGCAGAGCGGCGGCGGCGGCGGCGGGAGGAGCAGCGGCGGCCGCCAGGCAGCAGCACCAGCAGCAGCAGCAGCAGCAGCAGCAGCCCCAGCCGCGGCCGCCCCUCCAGCAGCAGCAGCCGCCGCCGCAGCAGCAGCAGCUGCGGCUCCGGCUGGCAGAGAGCGGCGGCGGCGGCGGCGGCAGCAGCGGCGGCGCCUCCACCUCCGCAGCCACAAUGGCGACCGUCGGGGAGCGCAGGUCUCUGCCUAGUCCAGAGGCGAUGGUCGGACAGCCGUGGAACCACUGGGUAGAAGCUGCGAAACUUCCUGGGAAGGACGGGUCAGAAUUGGAGGAAAGUUUGAAGGAGUUUGGGAAAAACCGCGAAGUAAUGCGGCUGUGCCGAGAAGAUAUGCCAAUAUUUGGUCUCUGUCCAGCCCACGAUGAUUUCUAUUUGGUGAUAUGUAACCACUGUAAUCAGGUCGUUAAACCACAGGCAUUUCAAUCACAUUAUGAAAGAAGACACAGCUCCUCCAACAAGCCCCCUCUGACGGCACCGCCCUCCUCCAUGUAUUCCUUCUUUUCUUCCCUGUCAAAAAGCAAAGGUAACAGCAGCAGUGCAGGUGGGAACAGCCGUUCUUGUGGCGGAGGCGUUAUCAGCGCGCCCUCGUCCAAUUCCAAGUUGUUGAAGUCGCCCAAAGACAAGCCGCAGCUCAGUGGAAACAGUAGGCCAAUGCAUGCGGUCCAGCACAGCCGAAUUCCCCACGAUAAGAUCUUGACGCCUUCAGUCAAGGUGGAAAAGAUCCACCCAAAGAUGGAUGGGGCACUACUGAAAACUGCUCUCGGUUCGGCUGGCUCUGCUACUGUGAGUUCCUCCAUCAAGACUGGCCUUAAUUGUCCCUCAAUACCAAAGCCACCCUUGCCUUCCCCUGGACAGAUACUGAAUGGUCAAGGUCUUCUUCCUGCCCCUCCAAUUUUGGAAAAGAAGUCAGAAGAUCAUUCAAAUAAUAGGAAAUUUUUACAUAAGAGAUUAUCAGAGAGAGAGUUUGAUCCUGACAUAUAUUGUGGUGUCAUUGAUGUGGAGACCAAGAAGCCGUGCACUAGGUCUUUGACAUGCAAGACACAUUCCUUGACCCAGCGGAGGGCCGUCCAGGGUCGCAGAAAACGCUUUGACGUGUUGUUAGCUGAGCACAAAAACAAAAGCAGGGAAAAAGAGCUGCUGCGCCAUCCAGAUCAGCAGCAGCAGCAGCAGGAGACCCCAGCUCUCAGGGAACCACACGCCUGCCCUUCCAAAACGUCGCCGGAACUGCACCAAAACUCUCAUGGAGUGAUGCCUGCAGAAUCCAAGCCUUUAGUAGCUAAUAAACCCAGACCUCACAACCCCAGUCUUCCAAGGCCUCCAGGCUUCCCGGCCCCACCCAGUGGGAACGCACCCUCCGAUUCUCCUGCCGCUAAUGAGUCUCCGCACCCUCCCCUGCCUUCGACUGAGCCAGCAUCUCGGGGAUCCAGCGACGAGGGAGAAGGGGACGAAAAAGAAGAAUCUGUGGGAAAGCUGGAUUGUCAUUAUUCAGCUCAUCAUCCUCAGCCAGCAUCCUUUUGCACAUUUGGUAGUCGACAGAUGGGAAGGGGCUGUUUUGUUUUUGAUAAGAGGUGGAACCGUAUCCGAUGUGCCCUUCACUUCAUGGUGGACAAGCAUCUGAAUUCCCAGAUGUGGAAGAAAAUCCCGCCAGCACCUAGUAAUUCGGCAUCUGUGCGUGUUCCCCAGCGGACAAAUUCCAUGCCCCUGUCGCCAUAUGGCAUAAGCCCCCCAGGUUCUGUUUCCUCCACGGUCUCACCAUCACCAGUGUUGAUUUCGUCCUCCUGCAUCCCUCUGAACAGCAAGUCUGUACCAGCCCAUGGAACAACGCUCAACGCCCCCCCAGCUGCUCUGGGGGCCAUAGACCCCGCUUGCGGAGUCCAGGCCCGACAUGCGUCUUCUUCAUCCCCUUCGGCCCCUUCGGCGCUUUCCUCAGUACCUUCCCCAGUGUCCGGGAAACCUCAGAAACUGAAAUCCAACAAGUCUUUGAAGCCUAAGGAGUGUCCUGCUAACAGCACGAACUGUAACAAUAUUGGCAGUAGCGGCAGCUCAGGAAAGAAACGCAAAAACAGUUCCCCACUGUUCGCACACUCUUCCUCUUCCUCUUCCUCUCUCCUCUUCUUCCUCCUCCUCCUCCUCCUCCUCUCUUCUUCUCCUCAUUCCACAGACUCUUUUAGGAAAAACUGUGUGGUUAACUCUGGAAACUCUGGGACCGUUUAUCCUUCCCCAGUGACAUCGUCCCAUAGCAUCGGCCUCAACUGUCUGACUAACAAAGCCAACUCUGUGGGCAUGAGGCACAGCCAAUCAGGGAGGGGCCCCCUCAUGGGGAGCCCGUCAGAAUCUAUCAAGAGGAUGAGCGUGAUGGUGAACAGCAGCGAUUCCACUCUUUCCUUGGGCCCCUUCGUCCAUCAGUCCAGCGAGCUGACGAUGGCUGCCAACUCGCACGGUGGCUUUUCCCACUCCCAUCCCCCUCUCGACAGACUCCUAGGGAAGAAGAGAAAGGGGUCCCCCAGCUCCAGCGCCAUCCAUCACAGCGGCCAGUCGGGCAAGGUUGUCAAACUGCCAUCCAUGAACAGCGUUCACACCAAGCACCCUGGCCCAAUCCCAGGGACACAGGGGCUGGCAAACAACUCUCUUCUUCCUCAGGUAAGAGAGGACCACCGUUAAGCUCCGUGGCGAAGCACACUCGCCUCCUCUCCUUGUCCAGUAGCCAAUACCUUGGUAUACAUCAGCGGUUCUUUACCUUGUUUGUGUCCCGGGCCCCUUGGGCAGUGUGGACUUCUUCUCGGAACAAUGUUUUUAAGUGCAUAAAGUCAGAUGCAUGGGAUGCAGAGGAAACCAAUUCAUCAAAAUAUUUUUUAAAAAAGUUCAGACUCCAGGUGAACCCUUGGUAUAGAUCAUGGUGCCUUUAAAAGAAAAACCUAUUUGUGACUGUUUAAAACACUGCACUGGGCCUAACUGCCAUCACUACUAAACUUGGAAGGUGGGCCUCGGGAGGGAAGCGAGGAGGGGUUAGGGUCUGGAAGCAGCCUUUGGGGAGGAGUGAAGGCAGAGGUCCUUCCAGCAGCCAGUGAGAAGCUGUCCAGAUCAUGCCCCUUCACCAUCUGCCACAAGUCAGGGAGAAAUUAGUGCCCGCUCCAUUGUCUGUCUCAGCCAAAUACACUGAAGACAGCCCCAAACUGAAACUAGAUUGAAUUAGCAAGAAAGACUCCUGCUUUGCAAGCUGAUGAAGGCUUUCUUCUGAGCUUGUGCUUCUUUCCCCCUAGCCAGGUUCACCAACACAUACUGCACACCUUUCACUUGAUCCCUUUUCCAGGGUGGCUGACAGGCACACAUCAGAACUAACCCUUACUUGACUUAGCGUGUUAAAAAAGAAAGCCACUGUUAAAGAGCUGCAGUCCAGCCCCUCGUCUGGAGCGGCGGUUGGUCUUUCCACCCCUCGGCUCUCAGCCUCCUUCCCAUUUCACUCAGCAGGGUGCUCCUGCAGCCUCAUUCACAAAUCGGCAUUCCACCUAUUGAAAGCCAAGCCUCCACCCUUUAUGUUUAGUCACUUCAUGUUGGUAAUUCACUUAGCAACCAGUCUGGGGUUUUGGUUCGUUUGUAUUUUAAAAGAGAACAUCCGGCAGCCCCUGGAUCUAUUUUCCUCCAGACCAGUUUGGUCAGAAUUCUAAAGAAGAGGGAAAUCAUUGAUUUCAGUUGCUUUCAACAUUCACUAGCUGUCCGUUUCCUCUUCUGCUCUCAGAGAACUGUUCUAUACGUGCUUGAAGUGUUUUGUGUUCCUUUGGAGGAGGGGGCAGGCAGUGGGAGACCCCAAAAAAAGAAGCAUUCUUGAGUUUUCUGGUCACCAUUAGUAAUGGGUAUAGAAAUGAGGUGCAUCCCAAAUCAGAAGCAGCAGCCAGAGUCCAAGAGUGACCCCGCAGAGGUGUGUGCCUGGCUCACCCACUUGGACGAGCCGGGUGAGAGCAGUCUCCUCACUCCAAGGCCGGGCUCCUCUGAGGGAACGAGCUGUAUUUUGGCUUUUAGCAUCUUACUGCCAAGCAGAUUACAGCCUCACAAUUACAGCUUAUGCCAUGUGGAAAAGACAGAGAGCUGGAGCGCACUGCUCAGCCCCUUAAUUCGGCGUUUUUUUCUUGGAAGGCGACUUCUGACUUCUCCAGUCAGAGCUUGACGAGGAGAUGGACGUCAGUGCUGUUGAAUGCUAUUUAUUAGUGAUUUAAAUUUCUUGUUCCACAUUGGAGCGAGCUUCCUCCAAGCAGGCCACUUUCGCUCCCCUCCCCGCAGGGCUGAAUUGAGGACAGGAACAGCAGAGCUGGUGGUUGUGGUAACCCAAGCAUGAUGGAAGUGCCUGUGCCAAGCAGGGAAGGAUCAAAGCAGGGCCACUCCCUGAGUGCCGGGGGGGGGGGGGGUUGCCCGUCUCCAGGCGGGUUUCCUUCAGCUUUUGGCCACGAAGGCCUGUACUGUAUGAUGUUCCUGGAGCCAGAGUGGCGGCAGACUGCCCCUUCCUCUGCCUGUAGUCUGCAGGACGUACCUGUGCUCAUGCUCGAAAGGAAACACUGGAGCUUUCUUGAGGUCAGGCCCGAGCAUUUGUUAGCAAGCCUUGAGGCACCACUUUGCCCAAGAAGAUGGAGGUUUCUUUAGAUUUCAAGGCAGUUGGAAUUCUGUAGCUGGCUGUCAGGGUCACAUCUUGAUGUAUUUUUGUGGCCGUAUGCACACACACCACCUUAGGAAUCGUGUUAAAUAGUAAAGGACACGUUCCAUGUUGGCUAACUCACCUUUCCCUUUGUAUCUCUCUUCUCUCUCUCUCCAAAGCCAAAGGCACGUCCCUGACAGCUGGAAUAAAUACCAUAGUGAGAAAAGAACUGGACAGUUUUCACUACAAGUAAAACCUCCACCUGGCACUCUGGACUCCACGAUGCCUUUGAGUUUAUCCCAGCUUCCAGUGGUCCUCAGGUGUAGAAAUCUGCUGGACUGUUUGUUGUUUUAAAAAAGGAAUUCCCUGAAGCCAUGUCUGUAGCAGCGAACACCCUUAAUAGACCCUGGAUCGAGUUCAGCCACAGAAUUGCUUUUAUCAGUGUUAAAAGUGGUCUGGACUGCUUGCUACAAAUCUGUGAGAUUUUUACUUGCAAGAAGACAUCAGAUUGCCACUCUUUGAUAAAGAUUGGCUGGGCAAAAAAACGUUUUGGGCAGAACAUUCCCCUAGCCUUCCUUCUUCCCCCAGGCCAGCCUCACCGGGGUCAUCCACUAGCAGUUAGGCACCCGCCCUCUGGAUGACACCCAAGGAGGUGCAGGCAGUGACCCUCCAGAAGGGAAUGUGGCUUUAUUGUUUGGGCAGUGGAAAACGGACAGUAGCCCAACUGAGCAGAACAAAACAGGCCGAAUUUUUGCCCAGCCUUUUGCAAGUAAUUUGGGAUAAGGAGCUGUCAGGAGUUUUCUAACUUUUAAAAAAAAGUUAGUUGUUUUAAGCCAUCGAUGCCCAGAAAGCAAGUAUAAACUAUUUUGGAGGAAUAUUUUCCAUGGUACAAAAGCAAUUCUAUGUGCUUUUUGAAUAAGAUGCAACUGAAAAGAAAUAUAAAAAUGCUAACUAGUUUUGAUAGAGGAAAGCCAAAUGAAAAAAAAAUCACUGUAGGGGAAAAACCCUCCGCCGAGAUUUCCAAAGAAAUGUGAUUUCUUUUACAAGGGUAUUGCAUAAUCUUCACAUUGAAACAGCAUAUCAAAGUAGGUUGAUUAUACCUUCUAGCCUCGUUCUAUUUUCUAAAAAUUGCCUUUUUAAGAUGAAAUUAAUAGGAUACCACAGAAAGAGCAUUCAUAUUUUUAAUGUUUUGGGAGGUGAGUUAUGUUAUCCUUAACCUCCUCUGAAUACUGUAACAGAAAUCAGUUUUAAACAUCAGCUUGACCUGACCCUGUUGUUUCACCCCCUUUAUGUCCCAACAGAUAACUGGUUGGGUAGUUUUUUGUUUUGUUUUGUUUUGUUUUGUUUUUCGGUGGAGGGGCUUGGUGGGGUGGGCAGCAUGGAGUGGAAACUUUUACAUGCUGCGUAGAGAGAGCAUUUGUUUUCAUUCAUGUUCAUUUCUCAAGGAUCUGAGCUUUCACCUUCCCAAGAGGGUUUUCUGAUCCAUCCAGGACAUUCCCCACCUCCCAGAGUGAAAUCUUUAAAGGGCUUAAUGUUGUCAGAAUGUAAUUGCUGGAGAAGUCACUCGUCACUUACUUGGGAGUGCGUGGGGGGGGGGGUGUUACCUGUGUCUCUCAGAGGGCUGAUCUCCCCUGCUGAUGUCGGGUCAGAAACCCCCUCGGUGCAUCCUGUGUUCUCCCCUCCACGCCCCUCCUUUUCCUUGCUCUCGUGUCAUGAACUACCAUUUCAGGGAACCUGAAGCCAACAAAUGGUAGAGCAGAAGCUCAGGUCAUUGGCCUAAAUCAAAUCAACUGCUCCAGACUCUUUAGGUACAGACCUGGGCGCUUAUGUAACAGAACAGCAAAGAUCCUUUAUGCAGACACUUUAGAGAUAAAUGUAUGUAAGAUAUUAAUUUUCUUGAAAGGGGUGGGAUAUUUUUCAUUGAUUAUGCAAUCAGUCACCACAUGUUUUUAGGACAAAAUAGGACAGCUAAUAGAAGAGUGCAGACGUGUGGAAGGGGCUGUUUUCUAACGUAUUUGGAAAAACCAAUAGAAUGACUAGGUGACCUCCAAGGUCCCUUCCAGCUCUGAAUCUAUGAUUUGAUGGCCUCCCAAGAGCCAGGCAGUAAGUGGGGAGGAGGGGGAGCGUCCAGACGGCCCCUUGGGGGGAUCCAGGCAUCUCUGUGUUUGACGUCACAAGGGCAUUUUGGGUUUGGGUAGAUUUCCGUUUCAAAGCCAAGAAGGGAGUGUGAUGGCAAUAAAAACAAAGUCAGUUUUAAGUGAUAGAAUUUGUCUAAGAUUAUGUUACUUGAGAAAAAGAAGUAAAAAGGCUAUAUAACGGCAAGUCAGAGCUGAUUCUGAAUAAUGUAGAUAUUUAGACUAGCAAGUGUUGAUCAUUUGGAUUUCUUUUAGAUUGGGGUUUUUAAUUCCAUUUUCAUUAUGUCUCCUGGUAGCACGUACAUAAAGCAACCGGAUUAGGAAAUUAGCCAUUUUGAAACCUGCCUGCCACAAACGAACCUACUCACGCAGUGCUAUGGCAUUGUAAACCGGUGGGCUGUUUUGUUCUUGGAACUUUUAUUUUCUCCUACAAUUAUCUUAGUACUUAUAAAUAAUUAAGAUAAUUUAAAACAGUAGCACAAGUACUUUUUGGAUUCAAUUAACUUGCAAAACCAAAUUUGCAGUGGUUGGGCUGUUUCUAGACAGAUUUUGGUAUUAAUUUAAAACCAAGACAAUUUUUAUAUUCUUUCCAUACAAUUUCAUGACAACUCCUGCAGUUUUCUUAACCUAUUUAAAAAAAAAUUGCUGCAAUGAUGAACAAAGAAUUAUACAAAACCUACUUUUGUAUCUUUAUUUUGGAAUUUCUUGUUCUAUUAUAAAUAUUGAAGUAUCCCUAUUUCAGAAAACAUAUUUUGUUAAAAUUGAUUGUACAUAUUUAAAUAUGUAUUUUUGCACAGGUCUUUUUUUCUUAUAUCCAGUUUUGGUACAAUUGAGAUCAUCUAGUAUUUAUUUAUUAAUUAAUAAAAAAGUAAGUACCUUUUUAUAAUUUGAAGUGGUUCACUGCCAAGCCAAUAGUCCUAGAACUUGCCUACUUUACAAUUUAAGGGAUUGCCUCUGUUUUGUGAAAGUCUCUGUCCCUUUUAGUGUCUUGGGAGUGGAUUCAUAGAGAUGAACUGGGCAUUGCUUCUAGUAAAUUGCCUAAUUCCCCAGAAGACUACAUUUAGUUAAGUGACACACUGCUUUUCCUUUGUUCAUAUUUUGUGGAUGCGUGUCAAUUGCAGAUGUCCGUGUUCCCUGAGAGUGUGUGUGUGUGCGCGUGUGUAUGUGUGCGCAUGUGUAUGCGUGCUUGCAUGUGCAAGCCACUAGUAUGUUGUGGUUUAAAACUAAUGGAAAAAAAAAACUGAAAAGUGCCUGAUAACUAGUUUCAAGCUUGGACUGUGUAGACAGAUUCUCCUUUAAAAGACUUGAAUGUUAAGUUGAGUAUAUUUUUAUUUUAUUAUUAUUAUUUUUAAUUUUUUUUUUUUGGAGCUUGCUUUUUCCACCUAACAUCAUUUCCAAAAUUUUAGGGGAGGAGUUAAAACAAAAUUACCUAAGCUGGUAAUUGGAUAUAGUAUUUUAAAAUGAGACAUUUUGGUUUGAAACAAUCCUGGUGGGUGAUACAACUGUCCCACGACACCAAGAGUUGGAAUCUUUUUUCAGCCAGCAGUUUUACAAGACAUGUCUUGUUUUGUUAAUUUACUCAUAAAAUGCAGAGUUUAAAAUAGAAUAUGUAAAAGAUUUUGUACUCCAAAAAUCUAACAAAAAGAAGUACCUCUGAGAACAUUGAAGGAAAAAAAAAGCAUGAUCUGAGAAAUGUAACUGAAGGCCACUGUCUUCCUCUAAGAGUUCUCUUGCCAAGGGGCUUCCCUGCUGUCUCCUUCUGCCCCCGGGAAAGAGUUGGGCUACAUGUGAUUCUUAAGGGUUUGCUGUUUAGCAGAGAAUAAUCAUUUUUACCUUUUUGCAAAACCCGUUACAUUCUCAGAUCGUUUAAAAUGAGCACUACGCACUGUCGAUGUGAAUGUAGGGCCUGGAAAGCAUCUUGCUCUGUUUUGAGCCUGGUUCUAAAAGCAAUCUCCGGUGUCAAGUGUGUGACUAGUGUGAUAAUUUGUAUACAAGAUGAAGAGCAUCUCAGCUGGACUUUGGGUUGGCUGCUGUAUAGUACAUGAACAAAUGUCAUGGGAUAGAAAAUUACUUUGGAUAUUUAAAAGAAAAAGAAAUAUAUAGUCUAUUUGUUUUGUAACAAGUUUCUGUAAAUAAAAUAAUUUAUACUAUUUAUAAGAAAAAGUUGUGCUUUGCUUUAUGAAAAAUUAGUUUGUGGAACAAACCUGUUACUAAACCAGGCAAUAAAAUGAGGACUUCUCAAUAAACAAGGUUGGUUACAUGAAAUACA